UACAAAGUGAUUUUCCUCGGAAAGGAAAUCAAUCGAUUCGAAUUGAAAACGAAAUGAGCACGAAGUUAAGAAUGGGAUCAGACGGUGCGUUAAUUGCAGUGCAACGUAAUCGUGUGCGUUAAUCAGUGAUCGGCAGGUUGCGUAGGGCGAGAGGUAUGUUAGCAGCACUUACGAACAGUCGCUCCAAGGCGCCCCAUGAAGGUGCCCCCUUGGCGUUCCCAUCUUAUCACAUAACAAAUACAUACGGCGCUAUCAUAUUCUCGAGUGCUCUGGGACAAACGAGUACGAGAAUGCCCUACGGAAAGUUGCACGUUCUUCCAUUGAGCCUCUUUAUCCUGAUCCCGGUGACGUUUCUAAUUACGUACACUAUAUCGGUGCAGUGGGACCACGUGGUGCCAGGAUUCCCAUACAUAUCGGAAACAGGCACAUUGUCACCGGAAUCGUGUAUAUUUGCCCAAUUCCUUAAUAUAGCCGCGUUGCUCCUCGCCUGUUGCGUGUACAUCAGACAUCGACAAGUUUCCCAAUGGCAAUUGGAAAGGGGUAACGAUCUGGUUAGCAAGAGGAUCGUUGUUGUGACGGCGUGGUGCGGGAUUCUGGCCUGCUUCGGUCUCGAUAUUCUGGCCAACUUUCAAGAAGCCCGUGUCGUAGGGGCACAUAUGAUCGGGGCAAUGACAUGCUUCACGGCUGGAACUAUCUAUUUUUGCCUUCAGACGUAUCUGAGUUACAAAAUGGUACCGGCUGUGAACGGAAAAAUCGUGGUUUUCAUUCGUGCAGGACUCUCGGUUUUAACAUUAAUUUUGACUAUCACCACGAUCAUACCUGGCUACAUAUCAAUGCUAGAAUUUCAAGGUAACGAUUACAAGAAAUGGCUGCCAACGGACGGUGGUUGGGGUUGGCACGUCGCUAGCGCGAUCUCCGAGUGGGUUCUGGCCAUCGUUUAUUGUUGCUUCCUCCUCACAUUCGUGCCAGAAUUUCGAUUGAUCAAUUUCGAGGAUCCAGUGGUUACGCUGAUAUAUCUAGACAAGGACCAAGACUUGAAAUUGUCGCACAAGCUGAGCUCGCAAGUUCAAGAGUCUUGAGAUCCCUCGGAUAUAUAAAGUCUAAAGAUUAAGUAUUUAAAUUAUAAUAUUUGCAUCAUAAUGAUUUUAUUCCAAGUAAUAAUAUUUUUAAAUGUAAUAAUAAUCCUUCGUCGGAUAUCACAAUUCUCGAGUCGCUUAAAAGUUAUUCAGUGAAUAGUACGUGUACGUUUCUACGUUUAUCUUUUGAUUUUACUUAAUUACCUGUCGAUUAUUAAAUCUCCACUUAAACCGUGCUACGUCCUUGAUUGUAAAAAAAAGAGAAACAAAAUUCUAUUUUAUUUCUACCGAAGAAAACCGAAUUUGUUAUAUCAAGUUUCGAUUUAAGAUAAUUUGUAAAAUCAAUUGAUUUUAACAAAAAUUGAAAAGAUAAAAAAAAAAGAUGAUCAAUAAUAAGAUAAUAUUUCUUCUCUACUCGAAAAUUAUCUCGGUUUAAUACCUUCGUUACCAUGCAUAAUGUCGAUGUUACGUCGUUUCUUUUCUUUUUUCUUUUUUUUUUCUUUUUUUUUUUUUUUUACGAUCGAUGAAACCUAAAGCGUAUAAUAAUAAUAAUAAUACCCGAUUGAUCGACGUGCGAGUGUCGUUUCUGCAAAAAAAAAAAGAGAGAGAGAGAGACACGCGAACAAACUUUGAAAGUUAACACUUAGAUACGGGAAAUAGCGUGUAUUAUCACCUAUUAAAGUGAAACUUGACUCGUACAAAGUGCAUGGUACAGUGUCGAGGAUCGUGAUUUAUCUUCCUUGGCGCUCGAUCGAAGCUCCUUUGAAAAAUGCGGGGAACGUUGCACAAAUCUUAAGAAGCCCUUGGAUUAAUUUUUACUAAUACACACGUAUUUUGUAUCGACCUGUCAGAUUUAAUUUCCUUUUGAAACGUGCAAUCAUCGAUAUUGGAUGCUGAACAAAUGCCAUUAUUACUAUUGCGUCAAAAAAAACAUCUUAAAAAGCGAGAUAGAUAUUUGUUCUCAAAAAUAAAUAAAUAAAAUUUCGCAAUUUUAACAUCGAAAUUUAUUACACGAACAAAUUCGCAAGAUUCGAAGAUUUGAUUAGUGUAACUCCUUCACGAAAUAUCUGCAACUGCGCAUAUAUAUUAAUCUGGAAUCCUCUUCUCUGAAGUAUGCAAAGACAUCGAGUUGCACUCUUGACGUUGUCGAUACUAUCAAUCGAUAGUUGCGAUUUUCUAACCGAAUUUAAAAAUCUUCUUAACCAAACUAAAAAGCCAAACUAAUGAAACUAACGUAUCAAACGUGUUCAUCGUGUUCUACUUCCAUAGAGGGAACAAAAAUUUAGCAGCUAAAAACCAACUUAAAAGUAACUCGACUAAAACUCGUU